CAAGCUCAUCGUGCCGCUGGUAUUUUCUGAGUUCGCCUUUCACGGGCACAUGAACCUUCUCGCUCACCGUCGAUGGUUUGAAUAAACUUUAUUGCUAGCGGUGCUGGUAUCUUGUCAACAUGGGGGCACGAGUAGCGCGUAUGUUCAGAAAUGUCAACCUAGAAAACCGGGUGUUCCGAGAAAUCUCCAAGGAAAAGCCGCAGGCUGCACCCCGACACGCAGCCAACCUCCCGGCCUCUACCGGCGGCUCCGAAGCGGAGGCAGCAGUGGAUUCAGUCAGCAAGAAGAACGACCCGCUGCUGAGGCUCCUCAAGUCUGUGUAUGUGGAGUCGAAAGAUCCAGCACCAGCACCAGCAUCAGCACCAGCAGAGGCAUCAAAGGAAGUGACACAGGGUAAAGAAGAAGAUGAGCGCCGGCCGCUCAAGUUCAGUUUACCGGGGGACCCAUUUGGCCACGUGGAGCUCACAGAUGUCCCUAAAGGCAAACUGACCAUCGCUGAGGCGCUGAAGGCCCUCAGCAGCCACCAGCGUCAACCUCAGAUGUGGACGCCGGAGAAGAUCGCUCAGGAGUACUCUCUUGACUUGAAAGACACAAAGGCUCUUCUAGAGUUCUUCAUCCCCUUCCAGGUUCAGAUCAUACCGCCCAAGACUGAAGAUGCCAAGCAGAUAAAGGCUUCUUAGGACUAGAUUGUUGGUGAAUGGUAAAUAAAAGACAAAACAUCUCCAGAUAUAUCUAUGUACGUUAAUAUAUUGGCAGUGGCAGAGUGACCUGAUUGGAACUGAUAAGGCAGAGUUUCUCAAGCUUGGGGUUUGGACCCAAUGUCGGGUUGCUUGAUACCCUGGCAUAUUCCCAAGGUUGAAUUAUUGGUAAUUGUGAAACAAUCUAGGAAAAAUGUAAACAAUAAAAUGAAUUAAUAACUAUAUUUAACAAAUAUUUGAUCUUUAGAUAUAGCAUUGUUUCUUUAUCAUCCCUUUCCCAUUCCUGUAUGCGAGAGUUCCAAAAAAGGUUGAGAAACCCUAGUUUGAAGGAAUUCUUCAUCAUUUUGUCAAAAACACUUAUUAGAUUUGUGAGAUGAAAAGAUGGAUAUUAAUCUCGUGUUUGUGCGUAGAGUACAGAGCUGGAGUCAAGAUGUGGUUAGCCUAGUUGAGCAUAAAGGCUGGAAGCAGAGGGAAACAUUUUGCCUAGCUCUGUCUAAAGUUUGCCUAGCAACACCUCUAAGGCUUUGUAAUGAACAACUAUGCCCUUUGUUUCAUCUGUACACGUUACUGUGACGUGUGCUGUUCAUCCAGUGUUGAUGCGUUUGUGUAGGCUAACACAGACGCUACUGUAGCUCUACGCAGGGUUCCCAUGGCAGAUUUCUAAUAGAUAUGCUGCACUGGGUUUCUGAUAAAGAAAAGAAAUUAGAUCUGUAGUAAACGCAGACUGAUUAUACUAUUCCACUAAUCUAAAUAGCUAUUACAUAAUGCAGAGGUUGGCAAAUAAUGGCUCCUGGGCCAAAUCCGGCCUCCUCGCAAAUUGAUUUGGUCCCCUGGAGAAAGUUGUCUUUCAUAGUGUACAUCAAAACCUUUAUAUGAUUAGUCAUAAAUCUACUGUAGAUGACAGUGUAAAUACGAGGCUUGUGUAAAUCCCAAUACAUAGGGUCUGCCCCCAUGUGAAGAGAGCAUUCAGACUGCAGCUGUUCUGCCCACUGUGACAUCUCACAAUGUCCUCUGAUACAGAAGGCCUAUUACACGUUGAAUGAAAAAAAUAAAAUAGAAUAAAAUUAAAAGAAAAAAAAAAGAAUAUUGACCAGUAUCUCAAUUGAGAUGUUAACCGCUGAAAAUUAUGUUGAACAAAUGUGAAAUAUUUUCAGGCUCAUGUGAAACAAUUGCCUUAUUUUCUGCAUAAAAUGAAAAGCCAGGUGAAAAAAAGCAUUGUGAGUCUUGCAAAUGAGCCCAAAUGUCAUACUUACCGUAUGCCUCCAACUUUACAUAGCAAGAAUACAGGAGCUUUUGAUCGGGCAGCUCGUGAUCAACCAAUGAUCAUUCAGGUUUUACUUUGAAUUUAAAUUUCAUUUUCUUUCAAAUAUUGGGAGCCUUCUUUUCAAACAGCUGUCAGUUAGAAAAGCAGCCCCUAUCAGUAGAGUUCUGUUAUUUAUGUUAUAAUGCCAUUAAUGUGGUAGUUGGGAAAUGCAUUCAUUAAUAUGGUCGCAGAAGCAGUCUGUGAAUUUUGACAGUGCUGGCAUAGCCGGAGCAAUGGGAUGGAAUGGGAAUGAUGUACCCGGACAACAUGAAGUACACUCAUAAAUGAUAAGGAUGACCUUGUGGCACUUGCACCAGUUUCGCUGCAUAUACGCACACUUUUUGAGAAU